AUGGGUAUCAAAGAAGCAGAAUACGAGCUAAAUGAAGAACUUCUGCAACUACAAGAGCUCUUCACCGAGAAAGACUCGGAAAUUGCCGCAAAACGCCGUGAGGUGCUUGCUACUGUCCGGGAAAAUGCCAUUCUGUCCUUCCCCACCGAUCUUUCAGUACUUUCAGCCUUUGAUGACCUUCUUCUGUGUUUUGCUCUUGGAGGCCAAGUUAGAAACUACUACAGAUAUGGCACAUAUACUACGUGCGCAGCACAGCGAGAGAAAUUCUGGUUUGCCAUGUGGAAUGGGUCAGUGAGUGAAUCGGAAAUUAAUGUCGACAAUGUUGCUCAGAAUCCUCGAGAGUUGGAGCGCCGAAAGACCGUACAGGAGUUCUACAAGAAACGGUUGUUUGAGAAGAAGCUUGCUGGGCUGUCAGAAGACAUCUGGAGCGAAAGACCACGACUUCUCAUCAAUCCGUUCAAAGAGUGA